AAGUGGUAGACAUGCUGGCUAACCCAUUAUGAUUAAGAGAAGCUGAUUAUGAUUAGAAGCUGAAACCCGAGAGCAGCUCAGCAUCCCGAGACAAUGGAUGUCAUCAACCCGACCUUUUUGGAAAUCAGACAGAGGACCUCCGAGCCCAGCACUCUGUGGGUGACUCCCACCAACCUGGAAAGAGAUAAAGACCAGAGUCGCAGCAUCUUCUCCGGGUUUGCGGGAGUCCUUGCCAUCCUCCUUUUCGUUGCGGUUUUCUGCAUCUUGUGGAGCUGGUAUAAAAGGAAGAAGUGGCAAGUUCCUUUCCUCCAAGUUGCUGUCAUGCCCAUUCUAACUCUGCCACAAUCCAGACAACGAGCCAAAAAUAUUUAUGACCUCUUGCCUCGGCGGCAACAAGAGUUGGGGAGACUUCAGUCAAGAAAUACGCGUAUUUUCAGUACCGAGAGCCUCCUCUCCAGAAAUUUUGACAGCCCUGGGCAUGUGUAUUUUGAAGCAGACAGUGCCUCCCAGGUGCGUCAAGCCUACAUCCAUGCCAUGGAGUACUCAGUGGGUGUCUAUGACAAUGCCACGGUGCCCCAGGUGUGUGGGAACCUCGCUCCCUUGGCACACUGUAUCCAUGUCAGAGCUUCCAGAGACUGCACAAGCAUUUCUUCAGGAGAUUCACACGAUUAUAUCAAUGUCCCCACCGCAGAAGAGAUUGCUGAGACUCUAGCUUCUACCAACAGCCCUUCUGGUGAUCUCUUUGUUCUUCCAAGUGCCCAGGAGCUGGAUUUUACUGAAGAAAGAGAUGAGAGGUGUGGGAAUGCUGGUAACUGCACCAGUUUUUGGUCUCCAGGAACUGAGGAGAGUGAGCCAUUCAGUGACGGGGAAUGUUCUUCUCAGGCCUCAAAUGACUAUGUCAAUAUGACAGGGUUGGAUCUUAGGGUCUCUGAGGAGAAGCAGCCUUGGGUGACUUUUCAGUGCUGCAGAGACUAUGAAAAUGUCCCACCAGCAGAUCUCAGUGGGAGUCUACGGCAGGCUGAAGACACAGCAACAUCCUCAAACACAGGCCAUGUUGAGGACAGGACAGAUGGUCCAGGUACCCGCAUCCAACCUGUCAGAAGAAGCCUCUUGGUUUCAGAGGAUUAUGUAGCCUUUCAGCCAUCUACACCGAGUGAGGACAGUCAGACAAAACACAGAGAAGAGAUGUCAAAUGAGGACUCUCAUGACUAUGAGAAUGUGCUACCUGCCAAGUUAGGCAGCGGGGACUCUGAGCAGGGGCCUGGCACUCAGUGCCUUCCUCAUGAAUUAGAAUCCAGUUAUCUGGCUGGAACGCCACAUGAAGUGGCCUCUCCUGCCAGAUCCUUAGCCACUGCAGAGUCUAAUGAAGAGUCUUGA